AUGACCCAGUCUCCCAUUUCCCUUCACUGGGCGGAUUACGCUUUUUUUGGGGCAGUGUUAGCAGUAUCCAUCGGCAUCGGGAUUUACCACGCAUGCGCAGGAUCCAAGCAGAGGACUACGGCAGAAUACUUGGUUGGUAACCGGAAAAUGUCGGUACUUCCGGUCUCGUUUUCUUACGUCGUGACGUAUAUGUCGUCCAUAUUUAUGUUGGGACUUCCUGCCGAAAUGUACGUCUAUGGCUUCACGUACAUGUUCAGUUUCUGUUCCAUCUUUAUCGCUAACACGCUGACUGUCGUUGUCGCUGUGCCUCUCUUCCAUCCGUUGCAGCUAACCAGUUCUUACGAGUAUCUGGAGAAAAGAUUCGAUUCUCUUGCAGUGAGAAAAAUGGGAGCCCUUUUCGGGAUUUUGUUGAAUACACUGUACAUGGGCGUGGUCUUGUAUGGACCAGCUGUGGCCUUGGACACAGUUGCCGGUUUCCCACUUUGGGCCUCUGUUUUCUUGGUUGGAAUCGCUUCAAUCAUCUACACAUCGAUUGGAGGGAUCAAGGCGGUGAUAUGGACAGACGUGUUCCAGUGUUUAAUUAUCAUGGUUGGACUCACAGCUAUUCUCGUGAAGUCCAUCAUGGAAGUCGGCGGGUUUGGCAAUUUCUGGAAGCACAAUGCUGAAAACGGCAGAUUUGACAUCAACUGGAGUGCUGACCCUACCGUGCGGACGUCCUUCUGGACGGCUUUGUUCGCUGGCUGUGUCAACUGGUUCGGGGUAGCCUUCAACCAGGCGUCUGUUCAAAGGAUUGCCGCCAUGCCGACCAAGAGGCAUGCUGUAAAGAUGGUUUUGCUGAGUAUCCCGGGCUUCUUUUUCCUUGCUAUCGCUGCCAGUCUUGAAGGGUUCGCGGCCUUUGCCUAUUAUAAAUCCAAGGACUGUGAUCCUUUUGCCGCCGAUUACAUUUCCAAUUCAAACGAGAUAUUGCCGUACUUCGUCAUGGAGCUAUUCCAGACAUUGCCUGGAUUGGCAGGCUUGUUUUUGGCGUCAUUAUUCAGUGCUUCCCUCAGUACGUUGUCAUCGGGUCUAAACGGUAUCUCGGCUAAUACCUUGAUGGAUUUUGUCAGUCCAUUCUACCCGGACAUGUCAGAGCUGAAGAGGACAGUCUUGGCCAAAAUAAUCGGUACAAAAACUCUUAGAGUACUAUCAGUGCCAACGUGUCCAUUUGAUGCAUUCUCAACCAGACAUGAUCCCGUAAUAACGCUGCUGAGUGCGGAGAUGUUCAGCGAAGAUUUGCAGACAAUUCAGCUUUUAUGA